AUGGCCUCGGCCGUGGAACAGUCCGCGCCGCUCUUCUCUCGUUCACAGUCCAACCCCAACAUCUUCUCGCUGUCGUCGUUCGAGAAGCCCACGGCCAGCCCCGCCGCCUCUCUUCACCACGAGGUGCUCGACUGGAAGAGCUGGGCCGACAUCCCGGCCUUCGAGGUCCCCUCUUUCAACUCCGACUUCGAGCUCGACACCUCCGUCUUCGCCAAUGGCAAGAAUCCCUCUCCGUCUCCCAGGCCCGAGCCGCCUCCACAGGAGCUCGAGGUCCCAGACAGAGUGUCCCGAAAGAGCUCCGUCGCGCGCUCGAGGACCGUCUCCCUGAUCAACCGACCUCGCUCAUGGCUCUCGUCCAGUUCCAAGUCGACCAAAGAUGCUGCAAACGACGACCGGCGGAGCAGACCCCCUUCGUCGGCUGACGACAACAUCCCUGCCCCCGUCGCCGCGUCCUUGGAGCCGUCCGAAUCCAAAUCGUCGGACCGAGGCAUGCCAACCCCGGCCACCUUUGCCAACUUUGCCAGGUGGUCGUGGACGACUGCGUCUCGCUCGCCAUCGCCCAAGACAGUGCCUAAACCCGCCCCCGCCAAGCCGCCAGCCAAGCAAACCAAGGCGCCACCAGAACGCCUGCAGCUUAUCAUGGACCCCAUCACGGAGUCCGACUCGAGACAGACGAAACAAGCCAAUUCCGCCGAUCCAACCAAGCCGGCCAAGCCGAUCAAUCGCUCGGGUUUAUAUUUCGCCAAGAUGAAGAACAAGACACCGGCUCUCGCCGUAAGGGCUCACGAGGGCCCCGACUCCGACAAUAGCUGCGCUUCGUCGUCGACGAGCCUCGGGAACAGAGCCUCCAACAGCGACAAGACGAGUGCGUCGCAGUCGACCUGCAGCGACGGCAACACAGACACCCCGGUGACGGACUUGUCGACCGAGACGACGUUCCCCCAACACGAUCCCUUGUGGCCUUCCUUCAAGUCCCUCGAGGCGGACCUGAAGGGCUUUGGAAUAAAACCCACGGCGCAGCGUGUCGGCCAAAUCAAGAAUGGCCUCGUGCCCUUUUUGAGGAACUCCAUGGACCACAAAUCGGUCAAGAGCUUGAAGCUCGAGGAUGUCGACCGGAGGGCCACCGUGCUGAACAAGUGGUGGGUUGCCCUUCUCGACAUGCUGUACGACCGAGCCCAGCAUCCCGUCCCAGGCGUCGACCGUCCCAUUCUACUCGAGGCGGCGACCCUGCUCAUGAUGCGCCCCGAAUGGCGGCAGGCCACGACCUACUUUCAGCCGCUGUCUGAACGAUGUCCGGCGGAGCGUGUCCGAUCGAGAUCCUGGACCAACGCCUCCCAGUCGACCGACGCCUCCCACCGGUCGGCGCUACUGAUGGAGUCGGCCGAGCACAACGUGAGAACCAUGUUUGUGUCGAACCUUGUAAGGCAGAUGGGCUACGUGGUGGAGAAGAUGUCGGUGCGCCACGCUCCGCUGAGCUUGGUCAACUUUGCCGGCAAGACCUGUGCAUAUGCCUUCUUCUUCGCGCCGGGCGUGGCGGACAUCCUCGUUCGGCUGUGGGGCCUGACUCCAGAGCUGAUCCGUCGCACCUCAGACGUGUUCAACCUACCCCGAAAGGACGGCGGGGAAAGCGACGACAUCGUGGCCCUCUUCCCCCCCAAGCUGGGUCCUCUGGGCUGGACGUCGGCGAGAGCAAUGUGGGACAUGCUGAAGCAAAUUCCCAAGAUGUCGCUCUUCGUCGCCAGGAUCGGCUGGACGGGGCCUUGGGUGUCGCGGUGGAAAGGCCGCGACACCGAUCUCUUCUUUAUCUUUUGCAAAUACUUUCACGUUCUCUUGGACCAAUUCAUCCCGCCCGGUCUGCCCGUGACCGAAAAGGCCCGAUCCCCGGCCUUUCUCCUGAUUCACGCCCAGCUCCUCUCCAUCAUCGAUACGACGAUCCACCGGCAAAUGGCCCUUGAACACGCGUAUGGCCCUCCGUUGAUGGACUCGGCCAACGGGGCCGAUGCGUCAGCCAUGGCCGUACCGCUGCCUCCGACGAACCUUCUAAGGAACAUGUCUGAAAAUGGAUCGGUGAUCCUGCUCCGAGACUUUCUCGCCGACGACGCCCCUGAAGUGGUGAGCGCGCGUCACACGUUCGCCGAGGCCUUUGCGUGCCUGAUAAAGGGGGCAACAUGCAAGACGUCCCAGUACAACAGCGCGGCCUGCUUUACGCUGUGCGAUUUCCUCGACGAGGUGAUUGUGAUUUACCACGAUUUCGAAUCCCGGGAUGCACGGUCGAGCUACAUCGACUGGGACUUCUGGCUCGAAGUCUGCAAGCGCAUCAUGAGCUCCCUCAACACCAUGUCGGAGGUCCGCAUGCUCUCUUUCCUCCAUACCAUCUGGGACGCGGUGGCCAAGGAUCCUCGGCGCAAAGCAACGUUCUGUUUGGAGUGGCUCCUGACCGAGGAGACGUUCAACUCCUUCUUCAAUAACUGGUGCCCCAUGGUCCGGGCCUACUACCAGCGUCUUUUGUGCUGGAGGAUCUGCCGUGACGACGGCAAUGCCAAUGAGGUGGAUCUCAACAUCAUGCUCGUAGCGUCGGCGAGGCUCAAGACUGUUUGGUCUCACUACCUGUAUCUGAAGAGGAGCGCAGAGGAAGCCGGGCGCGCCCUUCCCUCGACCAUCCCCAUGAGUCCUGCUGUUGGCAAGAAAUUUAUGAUUGUCCGCCAAGAGGUCAACUCGGCGCCACCAGGCGUCUUUAUGGGAUUCGACACGUUUGCCCGAUCCAGCGCCAACGAUGCUCUGCCCGCCCACUGCUACCCAGAAACGCAGCUGCUGGUCAAGGGCGACUCGAAGAAACGGUGGUCCUUACUCGGCAAGGUUCUCUCCAUGACUACCGGCAGCAGCACCGGCCAGCCGAUGGCCUCGGAAGGACCUGUCAGAAGUCCAGUCGCGGAAAGCGAUCCGUUUACCGCUCGCCGGGGCGCGAUGGAGCUUUCGACGCGCGCCAUGGCGCCGAUGCUUUCGAACGGAGCCAAGCCUACCUUCAAGACGCCCGCGAUAGAACCGGACUCUCUUGGGCGUGACCUGACACGCCCCAAGCUCCCCGCCCCCGCGCAGGCUCAGGUUGCCGCAAGAGCUCGAGACAGGCCCGUGACGCCGACGGCGCCAGUUCAUAGACCGAAGGCGCGGCGUGCCGAAGAUGCAAAACUUAACGGACCGAGCCAGACGGGAAGGCGGACCUCGGUGAAUGCCUCCGUGGAGGAGUGGCUCAGAGACACGUCCAUGGCGACGAUUGGACUGGGCAACGAAAACUGGAACAUGAGCAACCCAACCAUUGGCGAGAGGCGUGUCAAUCCUGGUGCCGGGUCUAGAGCGGGAGCGCAAGACCAUGAAAGUGCCCGGGAGACGUUGGUCAAGGCGGUGAAACCGAACGGGAUAUUCGGCAAAAACUCGGUAUACUCGGGUCGGGCUUUGGCCGAGUGGGCCCACGUGGUGGCGGAGUAUAACAGCUUCGUGGAGCGCCGGCGGGAAGAAGGAGUCGAACGCCUGGGCGAGGUGGAAGUACCCGGGCUCGGCGUGGAAGGGUUUCGCAAGAUUGGUGGCUAG